AUGGCUGGCCGUAACAACUGCUCUGGAAACUGCAGCUCGGGAUCACUGAGAAAUUCCUGCCAUAUCCCUGCCAACCCUUCCAUUGCCCUCUGCUCUACAAACAUGGGCUGUGGAGAGGUCUUCUGCAUACCCAGCAACUGUCAAGAUCAUACCUGGGUCAUGGACAACUGCCCGGAGACCUUUGGAGAGCCUUCCAGUGGCCAGCCAGGCAGCCACGAGGCCAGCAGCUAUGAGAACUCCUGUUGCUCUUCUGUGUACUAUGUGUCCAGACCCUGCCAGGGCUCUGGCUAUCUUCCUGUUUCAUCCAUCAUCUCUGGUGUCUGCCUCCCAGCAUCCUGCAGGCCUGGGAGCUAUGUGUCAAGCAGCUACCGGCCAGUGAGCCCUUCCUUCAGCAACUGCCGCCCUGCGGGCUGCUAUCGCCCACUUCCUUGUGUAUCCAACAGCUGCCGACCCAUGGGCAUUGUCCCUUAUGCAUGCAGGCCUUCAGGCUGUAUGUCUUACGGCCCUCAAGCCAUUCACAUUGUGUCAAACAGCCUCAGACCUCUGCAGCCUGGCUCGGGUGUUUGCCAACCAGUGACCCGUGUGUUCGGCGCUUGUCGUCCAUCUUGCUCUGCCCAGUGAG